AUGCCAGACAAAGGACAAUGGAAAAGUGCGGAGGAUCCCAAAUCCGGGAAGACGUACUAUUAUCACACUGUGACUCGAGAAACGCAAUGGCGCAAACCCCUGGAACUUGCUAGCGACGAAGAGAAACGCAAAAUGGCAGAGAAGGAGGCAAAGCAAAUGGAUUUCUUUGCGGCGAUGGAGGCUAAUAUCCUCAACUCGUUGUCUCAAGGCGUUCUGCCAGGAUCAGGAACAGAAAACGAAGUUCAACGACUCGCAAGCCGCAAACCUUCUCAUAGGGAAGGCCGACCUGCACUGGAACGAACUAUUAGUGCCAUGGACGAAAGCGUGCUCAAGGAUUUGAUUCGUCGGCAACCUUCUAUUCAUCAAACGAAAAAGGUAGAAUCCAUACAGUCUACAGUAUCCUCGUUAGGAGGUUUUGAAUCUAUCAUCCGUCAGCCUAGCCGUCUAGCGUCAGUGAAUGAAAUGUUUAACGAUCUCCCAGAUGAAGAAAGUAACAACUCUGAAGAUAACGCAGACUUUGAUGGAAAUGCGUCGAACCGGAGUGAUGGAGGGGCACUUAACGCAUCGACUUCUGGAUUUGGUCUCAGUUGGGGGGAGACUGCAGCAUUGAAGAAGUUGGGAGCAAUUGCUAAGGAAAUGAAGGAUGCCGGGGAUGAAAAGGCCCCCAACAAAACCCACGAUAUCAAGGUCGAAGGAAAGGAUACUUCCAAGAUAUCUGCAUCUCCUGUGCUUACCAACGGCACUCGAAGGACGAAAUCCGAGGGUGUUUUUCAGAAAGCGAAGAACAUUGGUGGCCGGGAUCUUGACUUUGAUCCUUCCGAUUCUGAUGACGACGACGAUGGAGAUGAUGCUGAUCGACCUACCGUCAGACGUCACAAUACAUGUGGAACUAUGUAUCUGAAAACCACAAUGUCUGCACCAGAUGUUGAUGCUACAAUCAAGUGUGUCUGUGGUGUCUUCCGUACUCACAUACUGACUUCCGAACUCGUGGAUCCGGAAACAAUAAACGAGUAUGAAAUUUUCAAUGACCUCCGUGGCGGCAGUAGCAGUGGAAAUACUGCACCACCAUCAUUGGAUGUAGUCACCACCUUUUAUCGUGAUAUAUUCUUGAAGGCGCAAAUGGAGUCGGACUGUAUUAUCAUGUCUUUAAUUUAUGUGGAAAAGCUAAUCAAGCGAACAAGGGGAGCACUCCGCCCUCGGGCUUCAAACUGGAGAUCUCUCAUCUUUAGCUGUAUGAUUCUCUCGAGUAAGGUUUGGGAUGACUUGUCAAUGUGGAAUGUGGAUUUCAGCCAAUCUUGUCCAAAGGGAGUGAGCUUCCCACUUCAGCGCAUUAACGAUCUGGAAAUCAAUAUUCUCAAAGCGUUGGGGUUCCAAGUGAAAGUUCCUGCCAGUGAAUAUGCCAAAUACUACUUUUUGCUUCGCUCGAUGAUUAUCAAGAGCGGUCUGGGAGGUGAUGAAAUGACGAAUGUGCUUGAUGUGGAAGGUGCACGACGCCUACAGCAUAUGUCGUCACAGUUUGAGUCGCUUUCAACCAACAGCGCCAGAACUAGCUUCGAAGCUGGAAACCGAGCUCAGAGUUUGAACCCAAAUAUUCUCGGUAAAAACACCAAGGAGAGAAAGAGUGUAAAAAUGGGUCUGGAGCACAUAGUUGAGAUGUAA